AAUAUGCUGAAAGCUAAACAAAAAUCGAUCCAGCAACCUCUGCAGCAGGAAGAGCUUCGGGCAGCCGAGGCGGUUUUAUGGAGACAGGCUCAAAUCGAUAACUUCACUGAGGAAUUUGGGAUCCUGAAAAGAAACCAGGGACGGGAAGAAACGCCGGGUAGAGUUUCAAAAUCAAGCUCGCUCUACAAGAUGAGUCCCGUUUUGGACACGGAUGGAGUUAUACGCGUUGGUGGCAGACUACAGCAAGCCGAAUUCGCAUCGUUCGAUAUGAAGCACCCAGUAAUUCUCCCUAAGGGACAUCCAAUAACAAACAUGUUAAUUCAGUUCUAUCACGAGAGGUUCCACCAUGCCAACCGAGAGACGGUGUGCAAUGAACUCCGCCAGCGUUUCUACAUUCCAAAAAUACGACAAGCCAUCCGACAGGCAACAAAGAAUUGUAUGUGGUGUCGUGUCAACCGGUGUCUUCCACAAAUGCCUAUGAUGGCACCUCUUCCGGUGCAACGAGUGACAUCACAUCUUCGUCCGUUCAGCGCUGUAGGUGUAGAUUACUUGGGGCCUAUUGAAGUGUUAGUUGGACGCCGAUGGGAAAAAAGGUGGAUUGAUCUUUUCACCUGUUUAGCGAUUCGUGCAGUGCAUCUGGAGGUAGUGCACAGUUUAACUACUCAGGCGUGUCUAAUGGCGAUUCGGAGGUUCAUCUGUAAGCAAGGGACACCGGACGAAAUAUUCUCCGACAAUGGGACUAAUUUUAAAGGUGCGUGUAACGAGUUAGCAAGAAUGAAAAUGAUCCAAGAAAAUUGUGCCAACAGCAUUUCGAGUUCCACCCUGAAAUGGAAUUUCAUUCCCCCGAAUACUCCUCAUAUGGGCGGUGUCUGGGAACGUAUGGUGCGGUCAGUGAAGGAGGCUUUGAAAACGUUGAACGACAAGCGUAAACUGACGGAUGAAAUUUUAUUAACCGCAUUGUCUGAAACAGAGGACGCGAUCAACACUCGUCCCCUGGUAUACCUGCCACAGGAGGCAGACGAAAUCCAGGCAAUAACUCCAAAUCAUUUUCUACGCGGUCUAGUUAAGGAUACUGACCUACCUGUAGAUGAAUCAAUCGACUUCGCACAAGCUUUACGGAACACGUACAAGCGGUCGCAAUAUCUGGCCGACCGAAUGUGGCAACGUUGGUGCAAAGAAUACCUCCCAACUAUAAACUAUCGUCCGAAAUGGGUUGAUGACCGGAAGCAGCUUCAAGUUGGGGACUUGGUGUUCAUUGUAAACGACGGGCAACGGAAGACCUGGAUCCGAGGAAUCAUUGAGGAAGUGUUUGAAGGAAUAGAUGGACGAAUCCGUCAGGUGAGUGUACGAACUACAAAGGGCGUAUCCAGGAGAGCUGUUAGCAACAUAGCCGUUAUUGAAAUUUCCUGUAAAUCCGGCGAUUCCUGAGUUAGACCGGAACCGGAGCUACGGGUUGGGGUGUGCGGAAUUCCCACAGGGCAGGUAUAAGAUACUGGGCAUCUCUAUUUGUCAUUUACAGUCUAGCGUAGAUCGAACAUCGUUGAUAAAAAAGUCAAGAAGGAAAAAUGUAAAAGCGGUGAAAAACAAAACAAACCUACUGAAAUCAUCAUUCUUAAAUUCUAUUAUUUCCUUAAACUAUCUUAAAAUUACAAUAAAAGUGAAUUAGCGAUUAGCGAUAGUUGGUUCAUGUGUGAGUAAAAUCAGAGUGGACUAUUGUACAUACAAAGCUAGUACGAGUAUUAAACACUAGAACAGGAGUUAGUAAACUAAAUCCAAAGCUCUACAUCCAACUAUCAACUAGCGAACCCUUACAAACCAUUGGUAGCACGAGGCGAUAGGAAGAAACUAUUGAUUUUUUAGCUGCUACUACUAAGCUGCUCAAAAAAUAUAGUGCACCUUUUCUAAAAGAAAAAUCCGAACA